CAAGAACCCAGCAAAAAUGCAUGAUGCCGCCAACGCCGCGGGGCCGCCGCCGCCCGUCUCGACAAGGAAGCGCCUUCCUUCCAUUCUCGCAGGCAACAUGUGGCAAGUCUUCCUCGAAUGCGCACAUUUGCAUCCGAGCGCUGUCGCUGUCAGUUCGAUUUCAUCCGCCAUGCCCGUCCCCGCAGACCCCACGCCAUUCCAUUCGCUCGACGGGCAUACGUGGACGGACUACGCCGCCCGCGCCACUGCGAUUGCGCGCCGCUUUCAAAGUCUCCACCUACGCCCUGGAGACGGUGUAUUGUUUCAAACUCGUCGGAAUUCUGCGGCAUGCACAUUUGUCAACAUGGGCGUCGUGGGAGCGGGCGGCGCUGCUUGCCACUGGCGAUGCGAGCCGCAUGAAGUUCAGUUCAUUUGGACCACGAUGCCAUUCAAAUGGAUCGUCACCGACUCGACAACCCAUCUGCCUUUGUACUUGGCUCUGCCGCGUGUCGAAGGCAUUCUCAUGUUAAGCAGCGACGAGGAAAGCGUCGGUGGCGCGCGUGCCCAUCCCAAAGUGCACUCGUACUUGUCAUUUCUCCAAGCGGGAGACGGCGCUUCAUUGCCUGUCGCCGGCGCAACCCUGGCAGCUUCAUCUCCGUGCCUUUGGGCCUUUCAGCCAAACGCCCAAGGCACCUUGACACCUUUCGUCCUCACCCACUACAACGUGCUCUUCACCGCGACAUCGAUCGUGACGCAGCUCCGCAUGGACAUUUCGUCGAGCGAUUCGAUUGUCGCGCACUUGCCGCUGCACCACGUCGCGAGCCAACUCAUCGAGUGGUACGUGGCGAUUGUCGCCCGUGGCGGCCCGCUUCUCUUUGUUUUCGACGGCGCCCCUCCACCGUCCAUUUUGGCGACGUGCCAACCCACGUUAUUCUUUGCGACUCCGCAUACGUGGCAGCAACUCGCCGAUGCCUUGACCAGCCAGCAAGCUCAAACGAGCCCUCCGCUGUUGUCGCACUGGGCCCAAACCCGUGCGCUCCACAAUGCUAUCAAAUUGCAAAAGCUGGUCAAGCCCCAAAAGUCGUCGCUAGGAUAUGCCAUCGCCCGCCGGUUUGUUUUUCGAAGCAUCAAGCGGCGGCUCGGACUGCUCCGUGCGCGAUAUUGCGCCGCCGUUCUCGCCCCCGUGCCUCUCGAUAUCCUGCAAACAUUUGCCGCUGUGGAUGUACCAAUCUACCAGUGGUUUGGCAGCGCCGAGACGACGGGCGUGUGCUGCAUGAGUGGCCCACAUUUAUGGAACAUGGGAUCAAGCGGGCGGGCCCUUCCAGGCACGCAAAUCGUCGUGGCCGAUCCCGACCCCACAUCGCGAUUCGGCGAAGGCCAGAUUCGCAUUCAAGGACCGCACAUGAGUCCGUCGGUGGCGGUCGAUGCUCUGGGGUUUUGGACCAGCCCGUUUUAUGGUUUGCUUGCGUCCGAGGGCUUUGUCGUGGUGAACCAAGUCCAGCACAAAUUGGUGCUGAGCACGGGCGACCAGAUUCCGGUCCUCGUGUACGAAAAGCUCGUCGUACAGCGGGUACAGCACGCUUCCGAAACGUUGUCGUUGACGGCCAUCCAGGCGCCGUACUUGGCCAGCGCCAUUGUCGUUGGGCACGGAUGCGCAUACCCGAGCGUGUUGCUCGUUUUGAAAUGCAAACGCGAUGCGAAAUUAGUCGACGAAGCGCUGGACAAAUCGCGCGCCCUCGGUAGCAAAGCCACGACCGUCUACGAAGUCCAAAAGUGCUCGCUGUGGGCCGUCGCGCUCGACGCAUUGCUCGAUUCGCUCAAGCAUCCCACCGACGUGGACGGGCUCGCCUUGCACGCGAUGCCGAUUUUGAAAUGGCGCGUGCUCGACACCACGAGCGAUGACGACUCGGUGCUUCCAAAUCGACGCGUUCUCGGCGAAAAGUACUCGGAAAUCAUUGCAAGCUUGUACUGACAAUCGUCGGUGCUCAACCAAACAAUGAUAAAGACCCAUAUCGACAGCGGCGAUGGGGCUGAAAUGGUGAAAAUUGAAUCGGGGAUCACG